CACUAUCUCAAACUACUGACCAAGCUCAAGCCGAAGCUGGACGCUCACGGUGUCCGCACGGUGGCCAUUGGUUAUGAAGAGAUAGGGCUGGACAAUUUUCAGGAGGGGAACUUUUUCGGGGGAGAACUUUUUAUAGACUAUGGGAAAACUGCACAUAGCACCUUGGGGUUCACAAGAUUGAAUAUGUUCACCGGUAUAUACACCAUGCUCAAGUCUAAGAUGUGGCAGGCAACGAACGAAGCAAAGAAAGAUGGUGUGGAAGGAUUAACAAUAGGAGACAGAUUUCAAAAUGGUGGGAUGCUUGCAGUUAGUGCAGGCGGAAAAGAUGUUCUAUUAAAAUACAUCCAAAGUGGGCCCGAGGAACACAUGUCAUUUGAAGACGUUUUUAAAGCCCUUGGCAUUGAGGACAGCGUGCCUGACGAAGCAAUGGCGCCAGCCCCACAAUGUGACACGGAUGUGUGCAAAUUGAAGUAAAGGAGGUCGAAAUAGUGUGUUUAAACUUUGGA